AUGGCUCCUGCUGCUGCUGGUGUCAUGGCGCUGGUACAUAUAAUCCGAACACUGGCAUAACAGUUGAAAGCGUGAAUGGAAUGCAGGAACCUUCGACCGCUCCUACUCUAGAAGCUAGUCGCGGAUUUCGUACGGCGGCUGUGUUAGCCGUUUUGGCGUGUUCUUCAAAUUCCUUGAGCAUAAUAUAGUAUUUUUCAACAUUGCAGAAAUACCCGAGCCACCAUGUUGCUGGUACACGUGGCGGAGAGCGGUAGGUCGUUCGAGCUCCACUGCAGCGCGGACACCCCCGUAGACUCCGUCUGCGAAACCCUAGCCUCCCUAACCGCCAUACCUCCCCAGGACCAGCUCCUAAUCUGUUGCGACGUGCGCCUCGAGCCCGGGCGACAGCUCGCAGCGUAUCAGCUUCCAGAUGCUGACGUGGACAGUAGCGUGCCUGACAGAGCAGGCACUGUGGUCAACACGCACUCGCAUUCGUCUCGGUGCGCAUCUCGCGGACGCUCUCGCCCGGUGUUUCUUUUCAACAAGAUGCGCCUCCUUCCGAAAUCUCCCCCACCCCCGGUAGAAGAAAUCGAAGAGGUAGUCGUUCCAGAAGUGAUUAUAACGGUUGGUGAGCCUGGCGGCGAGCCGUUACACCCGUUAGACCGGUCGGGUAACCCGCUCCUCCGAGCGAUCCCCUCCUACGAGCGGCAGUUUCGCCAGGAUCUCUUGCAGGCUCAGGCGUAUCUCGCCGCCAGCCAGUCGCGUUUUGACACGUGUCGAAGGCUCCUGCAAGAACAGCACACGCAGGCCGAGGCUGUGCGUUCAGGUUCGGCGAGUAUGGAGGCGAUGGCCCUCCAUAUAGUCACGUCGUUUGCGGAUUUCCAAUCCGCGUAUAAGCACCAGCACGGCCGGCACGAGCUCCUGCUGCGAACCUUCCACCGGAACCUCCGCGCGUUGCAUUCUUGUCGUUUAGUGGCGCCCGUCCGGGCGGCAACCGGGUGGCAGAGCCUCGUGCAGCUGGCGAAGGAGCCGCGGCUGCAGCAAGCGUUCUCAGAGUGCCACGUGGCGCACGCUCAGAUGGCCAACAAGGUCGCUGAGCUGGAGCAGCAGUUCGUGGAAACGAGGGCGGGAAUCCAGGAAUUGAUGGGAGACGGCGACGGCGGGGAAAGAGGCACCUCAUCUAACGAAACGACCGCUGCCGCUGUUGCAGGGGAAGCGGGGAGAUUUGAGGAGAGGCAAGGGAGGAGAAGGGAGGCGGAGGUGGUGCGGGAGGUGGAGGGGGUGGUUGAGGAGGGGCACCGACUGCUGGAGGAGCAAGAAGUCAUUGUCAGCAUCUUGGGCAAGGAUCUCAACACAGUGAGGCAGCUGCUACACGACUGCACACUCUCAGUCACCCACUCUUCCUCCUCCUCCUCCCCCUCAUUCUCCCCCUCCGCCUCGCCUUCCCGCCAUCUCCCCCCUCCCUCCCCCUCCUCCUCCCCUUCCUCCUCCUCCUCCACCUCCUCCUCCUCCUCCCCCCACCUCCAACCAAUCGAAGCCGUCGCCGCCCUAGACCCAAUCUGCACCGCCCAUUCCUCCUCCCUCCUCCCACGCAUCUCAGCCAUCGAUUCACACCUGGCCGCACUCGUCCAAUCAGCACGCGCCAGCAAGGUCGCGAUGACGAUUCUCGUCCACACGCGCAUGCAGGCUGUUGCCAGGUGGCAGUCCCGGGUUCGCGGGUUCCGAAACCGCCUCCACGCUUUCAGGGAAGCCCUCUCCCGGCAAGAUGCCCUCUUCUCCCUCCUCUCCUCCGCCCGGGCUUUAAGAGGGGCGUACGCGGAUUGUUUAGGGGAAAUCGCCCGGAGAAAAGGGUUCGGGAUGGGGUAUAUGGCCCGGGCGCAGCAGGUGGCGGAGGAAUUAGCGCGAGUGAGGGAGGAGGAGGUGGAGAGGAGAGGGAGGUUUUGGCUGAGGCAGGCGGAACUGGGGCUGGUGCCCAGGGAAGUGAUAGGGGCGAUGGGCAUGGGGCAGGGGAGCGUGCCUGGCGUGUGCACUGUGAGUGUUGCGCCCUUUGAUGAGCGGCUGGUGAGUGUGGGGGAGGGGGAUCUGCCCGUGUGGGGGGAGGAGGGGGACGGGGAGGGGGAGGGGGAAGGGGAGGAGGGGGGGGUGGGGGAGGAGGCAGGGGGACGAGAAGGGGUAGAUGGGGGGGGAAGGGGAGGGGGAGGGGGAGGGGGUGAGGGGGUGUUGGGGAGGUUGGAGCAGGCUGGCCGGGGGGAGGGGCUGGGGGCGGGGGAAAAGGGGGGGACGGGAGGGGGAGCAGGGGAGAGCAUGUGGGGGGGAAGUGUGGUGGGGGGGCAGUGGAGUGCCCGUGCAAGUGAUGCUGGACUAGGGGUCACUAAUAACAGUAUCCUCCGUGGCUAUAACGAGGAUGCUGCUGGCUUUAGUGCCAUCAACUUCCCCUCUCACCAGCAGCAGCAGCAGCAUGAGGGUGAUGACGAGGAUGGUGACGUCAGCCAGUCGAACGAUGACGUGGCGGGCGGCAGGAGUGUGGAGGAGCUAGCGGUGGAUAACAUGAGGCUCAGGGCGGAGCUGAUUGCACUCAGAGUGCUGGGUGCAGGUUUAUCUAGGGUGGGCUCUGCUGGGGUGGGUUCUGCCAGGGUAGGUUCACCUGGUGAAAGUGCAUGUGGGGAAGCAGAUGGACACGUGGCAGCAGGUGACUGGCAGCAGCUGGUGCAAGCGCUGCAGCUAAGGGAGCGGGUGGUGCAGCACGUCCAGGUGGCGCUGCGCGAUAGGCAGGCGCAGGUGGUGGCGUACGAGCGGCGCAUCAGAGAGCUGGAAGGGACGCUCAGGGAUAUGAGUAGAGACAUGGGUGGAGUCGAGGGUAGAGAGGUGGGCGGAGAGGUGGGAGGCGACGUGGGCGGAGAUAUGGCUGGAGACUCGGCUAGUGGGCAGUCGGUCGAUGGAGUGACUACAUGGGAGGGGAGAACGCAAGAUAGAUCUUUGGAGCAAGGCGUGCAUGAUAGACCUCUGGUGGAGGAGGGUAGAGCGGAGGACGGGAUAGGGGGAGAGGAGGAGGGUAGAGCGGAGGAGGGGUUAGGGGGAGAGGAGGAGAAUGAGGGGAGGAAGAAAGAGGUCAUUGCAGCUUUAGAAACGGAGCUCCAGUCCAGGUUAACUGAGCUGCAGUCCAAGGCAGCUGAGCUGCAGUCGUUGCAGUCAAAACUUGUCGAGCUAGAGCCAUUGCAAUCCAAGCUCACUGCGACAGAAUCCCAGCUGGCAGCAGCGCAGACAAAAGUGUCCGUGGGAGAAUCAGAUCUCGCCUCCGUCCAAUCAAAGCUCACCGCUGCAGAAGCCAGGCUGGCUGCCGCCCAAUCCCAGCUGGAGGAGGCUCGAGAUGAGUCAGCACGGCUAGAAGCGCUUCUGAGCGAGCGCACUGUAGAGUUAAGCGCUCGCACUGUAGAUAUUAAUGCUAUUACUGUAGAGUUCAAUGCGUGUAAAGAGGAAUUGAAUCUGUGUACGGUAGAGCGUGAGCGGGUUCAGGGGCAGCGGGAGGAGUUGCAGCAGGAGAUUUCUCAGGUGAUUCAGCAACAGAGGCGUGAGGCUGCCAGAGUGGUGGAUCUUGAAGCUGACGUGGCAUGGAAAGAUGCUGAGCUGGCGAGGGUGGGUGCUGACCUGGCUGCUGCUGAGGUGGCAGUGGGGAGGCUCUCUGAGUUGGAGAGAGGGGCAGGUGGGCCGAUGCAGCUGCAGCAGCUGGUGAUGGAGAGGUGUGGAGUGGUGGAGAGGGGUGGAGUGAGAGAUGGAGUAGCAGGGGGGGGAGGAGGAGGAGUUGGAAGGGGUUUAACUGAGGAUGGGCCAAUGGCGUGUGAGGCAGGAGAAGGGAAGGGAGGAGCCGGGGAAGGGGGGGAUGGUUUAAGGGCAGGUUGGGAAGGUGGUGGGUUGAGGAGGCAGGUGAGUGACAUGGGGCGACAGGUGACGGCAUUGGAGGAGACUGUGCGCAGGAAGAGCGCCAUGCUGGCGGAGUGCCAGCUCAACUGCGCACACCUGGAGAACCGCCUGCACGAGGCGAGGAGCGAGGCGAGAAGUGAGGCGAGAAGCGAAUCCCAAAAGGACGUAGUAGAAAGCCAGCUGCUGGCGAAGACUGCGGCGGCGGUAGCAGAGUGGCAGCGCAAGUGCGCGGAGCUAGAGAGCCGCCUGCACGAGGCGAGGAGCGAGGCGCGGACGCUGCGGUGCUCCGCGGACCGGCGGGCGGCGGAGAGCGGCGGGUUGCGGGCGGCGACAGUGCGGCUGAGGGGGCUGAUGGAGCGGGCGAGCCGAUGCCUGCAGGGGAACAGCCUUGGGAGUGUCGUGGAGGGGCUCAAGGGCUUGGCUGACUCGCUGGGAGGGGUUCAUCCUGCCACAGGACGUGACGGCAGGACCGGCCUUUCGUCCAGUCUAAACCUCUCUUCCUCCAGUCACGCUCUUUCCUCUGCCGCUACUGCUGGCUCGGCUUCUGCUGGCUUGGCUUCCCCUACUGCAGCUACUGCUGCUGCUGCUGUUUCUGACUCGGCUGGUUCCUCCGCUUCUUCCUUAAGCAGGAGUGAUGUACUCGUUACUGGCGGCGGCUCCACUAGCAGCAGCGCUGCUGCUUCUUGUGCCUCUCGUUCUGCUGUUUCCGCUGCUGCCUCUCCUGCUGUCUCUGCCCCUGCUGCUGCUGACGACUGGGUGGGGGCGGCAGUGAGGGCGCUGGUGGUGGGCGUGCUGCGAGUGAUGGAGCGCGGCUACAAGGCGGAGGGGGAUGCGCAUCGACUGGCGAGACAGUUGCAACGGACUUCUGAUGCUCUUGUGGACAUGUCGUCCAAACACGAGAUGGUCAAGCAGAUUGCCCGGGAGAGGAUCGCCUUCUCUCGCUUCCACACGCACGACAUCGCUGCCUUUGUGCCUGUGAAGGGCGGCCACUACCGCGCCCUCUGCUCGCCCGACGCUGCUGCCAUCCCGCUCUUCCUCUCCCCACACUCCCUGGCGCUGUUCAUGCAACAGCAGGGGCAGCAGGGGCAGCAGCAGCAAGGGCAGGGGGAGGGAGAGGAGAGCAAUGAUAAGGAAAGAGGGGAGCAAGAGAGCGUGAGAGCAGGGGAGGGAUUGAGGUUCAAGAGGUCAAGUGAGGAGAUGGUGAGGCCGGCUGUUUACCCUGUGAUUGUUGGUCGCAUCGUGCACAUAGAGCGCAAGAUCGCUGCUGCUGAAUGCACGUUAAGUACUGCUGCUGCUGCUGCGGAUGCUGCAGCCGCUGCUUCUUCUGUUCCUCUCCAAAUUCCUCCUCCGCCUUCUCCUCUUGCGGCUGGUGCCGCUGGCUCUGUCGACGGAAGCAGCACGCGCAUCACCACCGCAACCACCCACACGGGAUGUCCGUAUGGUUUGCCUCCCGGGGCUCCGUACGCUGUUGUCACCAUCGCCAUGCUGCCUGCUGCUGCCCUUGCUGUUUCUGCUGCUUCUGCUGCUUCCACUCUUCCUACUGCUGCUGUUCCUGCUGCUGCUGGUCCUUCUGCUGCUGCUACUGCUGCUACUGCUGCUACUGCUGCUACUGCUGCUGCUGCUGCUGCAGCUGCAGCACAGGUUGCAGCGACAGCCGCUGUUGCUGCGACCGUGAGAGUUACAGGAGAGGCAACAGAGGCAAGCGGGUUACCACCAAGUGAAGCAGCACUGGGCAUGGUUACACCGGUAACCGCAGGAAGGCUGAGGGUCGUACUAGCAGCACCAGCAGCACCAGCAGCACCAGCAGCACCAGCGGCGGCACAAUGAGUCCAGGGAUUACCAGUGGGAUCAUCGUUAGCAAUCGUGAAGCAACAACGGGCAUGGUUGCUCCAGCAACAGGAAGGCAUAUUUUGAGUCGACUCAAAUUACACAUGGUUACACCAGUAACAGGAAGGCUCAGUGCAGAAGUAGCGCCAGCAGCACCAGCAGCGGCACAAUGAGUCCAGGGAUUACCCCAGCAGGAUCAUCAGCAGCAAUUGUGAAGCAGCAAUAGGCAUGGUUGCUCUGUACCAGCAGCGUCACCAGCAGCACCAGCAGAACCAGCAGCGGCGCAACGAGUCCAGGGAUUACCAGCAGGAUCAUCAUCAGCAUUUCUGAAGCAGCGGCGGGCAUGGUUGCUCCGGUGACAACAAGAAGGCUGAGUACCGUACCAGCAGCGCCACCAGCAGCGCCACCAGACCAGCGGCACAAUGAGUCCAGGGAUUACCAGCAGGAUCAUCAGCAGCAAUGGUGAAGCAACGAUGGGCAUGGUUGCUCCCGUAACAACAGGACGGCUGAGUGCACAGGAAGCAGCUGCUUCAGCACCACCAGCAGCGCAAUGAGUCCAGUCUAGGCAUUACCAAGUGGCGUCAUCAUCAGCACUGGUUAUGUGAUGGUCACCUGCCGGUGAAGCAGCAAUGGGCAUGGUUACACAGGUAACAGCAGGAAGGCUGUGUGCCGAAGUAACAACUGGCCCUGCACCACCGGUGGGUAGCACAAUGUGCACGCGAGCCUCGAGUUGUGAUUGAUUGCUAUUAAUGUGUCCAAUUCAAGCAUUGUAUCAUAAUUUGCAAUUGUGACAGGAGGGAUUGUCAAACAUGUCUAUCUCCUAUGUUUGCAUAGACUAGAUAGGGCCACCUCUAAGAGGGUACAACACUUAGGUAUAUUCACCUGUA